AUGAGGGAUACGGGCCUAACGCACAUCACACGCGAGCAGCAGUUGAGGCGUGCCCCACCCUCCCUCAGGCUUGGCUUCGCGGAGCCCUCCUGGAUCAACGUGGUCCGACACCCAGUCUCUCGCUACGUCAGCCACUACUACUACAGGCGCCCGACGGAGAGCCUGGACGAGUGCCACUCCUCGGGUCGCUGCAGGGUCAGGAAAGGCGAGGUUUCGAGGGGCCUGCAGCUGACCUACUUCUGCGGCCACGACAUCUUCUGCAGCAUCAUUGGCAACCGGAAGGCUCUGCAGGUGGCGAAGCAGGUGGUGGAGACCGCAUAUGUGGCGGUGGGCCUCAUGGAACGCUACAAGGACACGCUGCUAGUGCUGCAACAUGUCCUUCCUGGAUUCUUCUCGAAGGCGACGGCUAUUAAAUACGCCAAAUGGAACGUCCAGAAGAAGAAGCCCGUGACCUCGAACGCAACACUCGCGGCCCUGGAGUACUGGAUGAAAGAGGAGCUGGAGUUCUACGACUUCGUUCGCCAGCGGUUCUUCGUGCAGCUGGAGAGAGUCAGGGAGGAGAGGGAGCGCCUCGGAGACAGUACCGGGAGGAGGACCUGGUCAACAUGA